AUGUCGAGCCCUCAGAUGUAUGUUGCGAGCACCACUGCUCCCGUCAACAUUGCCGUCAUCAAAUACUGGGGCAAGUGCGACACAAAGCUCAACCUCCCCACAAACUCCUCCCUCUCCGUAACCCUCUCCCAAUCCGACCUCCGCACCCACACCACCGCCGCCUGCUCCCCCACCUUCACCGAAAACCGCCUCUACCUCAACAACGAGCCGCAGGACGUCUCCGGCGCACGCCAGCAGGCCUGCUUCCGCGAACUCAAGGCCCUCCGCAAGAAGCUCGAGGACGCAGACCCCGCCCUGCCAAAGCUCAGCGAGUACAACGUGCACAUCGUCUCGGAGAACAACUUCCCCACCGCCGCGGGGCUCGCAUCCUCCGCGGCCGGCUUUGCCGCCCUCGUCCGUGCCAUUGCGGAUCUGUAUGAGCUGCCCGACUCGCCCACGGACCUGUCGCGCAUUGCGCGCCAGGGCUCGGGUUCCGCGUGCCGCUCCCUCUUUGGCGGGUAUGUAGCCUGGGAGAUGGGCGCCGCCGCGGACGGCUCGGACUCCCUCGCCGUGCAGGUCGCCGAGGCGUCGCACUGGCCCACCAUGCGCGCCGCCAUCCUUGUCGUGUCGGCGGCCAAAAAGGGCGUCUCCUCCACCAGCGGGAUGCAGGCCACCGUCGCCACCUCCGAGCUGUUUGAGCACCGCGCAAAGCACGUCGUGCCGAAGCGCAUGGCGGCCAUGAAGAAGGCCGUGCUCGAGCGCGACUUUGAGAGCUUCGCGGCACUGACGAUGGCCGACUCGAACCAGUUCCAUGCGGUGUGUUUGGACACCAUGCCGCCCAUCUUCUACCUCAACGAUGUCUCGCGCGCGAGCAUCCGCGUUGUUGAGGAGAUCAAUCGCGUUGCGGGCAGGGCCGUCGCGGCGUACACGUUUGAUGCGGGCCCGAACUGCGUCGUGUAUUAUGAGGAGGCGAAUCAGGCGCUUGUGCUCGGCGCGCUGAGGCGCUAUACGGCGGGCGUGGCCGGGUGGGAGGCGCAGGAGGUGGCGGCGAGUGUGCCUGAGGGUUUCGAUGUGCAUGUGGGCGAGAGUCUGCGCGAGGGGGUGGGGAGGGUGAUUUUGACGAGUGUGGGCGGCGGGCCGGUGAAGACGGGGGAGAGCUUGAUUGAUGCGCAGGGGCUGCCGAGGGCGUUGAGCAAGUAG